AACCCUCCGAGCUGCAGCAGUAGUGCAGUCACAACCGCCAGGUACACUAACGUCCUCUCUGUCAACAAUACGAGCGCUGCAGCCGAACUAGUUCUUUUUUUUUAAUAGUUAACCGGCACCGACCCGGAACCAUGGAGGCUGAAACCGAUAAAGUGGAGCCCGCGGACAGCGAGCAGGACGAAGAGGAAGAUGUGUACGAAGUGGAGAGGAUCAUUGACAUGCGGGUGGAAGAGGGUGAGGUGCUCUACAGAGUUCGAUGGAAGAAUUACUGCUCUGACGAUGACACUUGGGAGCCAGAGGCCCAUUUAGAGGACUGUCGAGAAGUCCUCCUGGCUUUUAAGAAGUCACAGGCUGAAGCUAAGGCCAAGAAGGAGGCAGAAGCUAAGAAGCCUGUGACAAGUAAACUGCUGCCUGUAAAAAGCGACGUGUUUGAUGCCGACUCAGAGAGUGACAGCGACAAAGACCGGCCAACUGACUCGCCCAUCAAGAAGAAGAAAAAGAAGAAAAUCCGGGAAGAAGUAGAAUCACCUCCUAAAGAGAAACAGAAGAAGAAGAAGAAAGACAAACGCAAGGAGGAGUUAAGACCCCUACCGGCACCAGAAACAGAUGAAGAGGAGGACACGGUCCCGACCCCACCGUCUCCUCCCAAGGAGAAAAAGACUGAAUCAAAAAAGCGCGUUGUUGAUUCUGAGGAGGAGGAUGACGAGCCAGUUCCCUCUAAAAAACACAAAAAGGAAAAGGGAAAAGAGGCUGGAAAACAUAAGAAAGAAAAGGCAGAGGAGGGAAAGAAAAAGAAAGGGAAGAAGGAGCGGAAGAUUGAAACCUCUGAAGACGAGGCCACUGCUCCGCUGGAGGACGACCUGAGUGAAGGGCUGUCUGAGUCCCAAAUGGACGAUUCUGCAUCAACUGAUACUGUAACAAAAUCUGUAGAAAAGGCCGGUUUGGAUGACAAGGCCAAACAGAAGAAGGGAAAGUGGGAAGUUAAGCUGCAGGGCAUUAAGGACCUUAUUCAUGACAAAAAGAGUAAAAAGCCAGAUGGCACACAGAAAGAAGGCAGCCUCCAAAAAGCAAAGAGCCAUGCCUCUAAAAACAAAGAGGACUCUGCCCUUCAAUCAGACUCCAGUGAUAGCUCCAUCCUACAUAAGAAAGCCAAGAGCAAAGGGCAGGAGAGCACGUCGGCGCCACCUAAAGUCCCGUCUUCCUCCACUUCCUCGUUGUCGUCUUCGUCCUCCGUCACAGCUGCUAGCACCACCAAGGGAAAGGAGGAGGAGGUUCCUAAAGAGGAGGUAUUAGGACAGAAGGACGCCACAGGUUCAACUAAUCUGUUUGAAAAGUUCCUAUUAAACUGCGAGGCAAAAGAUCGUGCCCCCCGCAGGCAGGCGGCAACUCAUCAACCUGUCGUAGAGAAGACCACCAGCAAACCCACAAAGGUACUAGGAAAGACUGAGAAGGUUCCCAAGUCAACCAAAGAGUCCCCAGUUCAGAAAACAGAGCCCGAGAAGACGGAGAGGAGUAAACAGUCAGAUGUCCCCAGACCUGGCCAGAGUUACGGCUUCAGCCUGGACAGCGAUGAGAAGGAGGAGGAAUCUACAGGAAAGUCGAGGCCUGGAGAGGAUUCCCGGGAGCGGAAGGAGAAGCCAGAGGAGGCGCAGAGGCCCGGCUGGGAGAGGAAAACCCAGGUUGAUGACAGGAGGAAGAAGAGGGAGGACAGUGAGCCCAGACUCUUCAUAGCAUGUGAUGAUACCCCAGACCCACCAGAGGGUGCUGACAAACCUGAUAAGGGCCAAGCCACUCUGAGUCUAGGAAUGGACCUCAACCUGGACUGGAUGACUCUGGACGACUUCCAGAAACAUCUGAACGGAGAGGAUGAGAUCUUGUCAGGUCCACCAUUGUCACCAAGUGAAUUGCGAGAUGCUGUGAAAAGUGGAGAUUACAUGGCUGUAAAAUUAGCACUGAAUUCCAAAGAGGACUACAAUCUGGACCAAGAGGAUGUCAGUGGUAUGUCCCUGAGCAUGCUGGCAGCAGCUGGAGGGCAGGACGACAUCCUCAGGUUGCUGAUUAAGAAGGGGGUGAGGGUGAACGGACGGCAGAAGAACGGCACCACGGCCCUGAUGCACGCUGCUGAAAAGAACUUCUUGACAACUGUUGCGAUCUUGCUGGAAGCAGGUUCCUACGUCAACGCUCAGACCCUGGGAGGGGAGACAGCUCUGAUGAAGGCCUGUAAAAGAGGUAACGCUGACGUAGUGCGCCUCCUGCUGGAGUACGGAGCUGACUGCAACAUCCUGUCCAAACACAAGAACACAGCCAUGUACUUCGCCAAGCUCAGCAACAACCUGAUUGUGUACGACCUCAUCAAGGAUCACAUCGGCAUGCUGUCCAGUGUGGCUGAGGACACCAUCCGAGCGUACUUUGAGUCUCGUCUGGUGCUACUGGAGCCCGUCUUCCCUCUGGCCUGCCACCGGCUCUGUGAGGGACCAGACUUCUCCAUGGAGUUUGGCUUCAAGUCACAGCCGCAACCAGAGGGUUCAGGCAUCAUCCUCUUCAUCUUCCACGCCAACUUCCUGACUGAGAUCACGGCCAGGCUCUGCGGACCCUGCAGCGUUCACGCCGUCGUGCUCAACGACAAGUUCCAGCUGCCCAUUUUCCUGGACAGUCACUUCAUCUACUCCUUUAACCCGGUUCCAGGAAUCAACAGACUCUUCAUCCGUCUUGCAGAGGCACCAGCUGCCAAGGUUAAGCUCCUCAUCUGUGCGUACAGGGUCCAGCUGCAGUGAUGCCUCCUCUGACCACGCCAAGGAUUGAAUAAACGUGCAGAUUCUGGGCGGCAGCUAAAAUGUUGAGCUCAUUGCCUUCUAAAAGAUGUUGUGAAGCAAAAUUAAAAGUUGGCUUCCUGUGACUUAACACAAAUUUCUAAAGACUGAAGCUCAGUGAUGACGUCUGACUCCAGCUCUGCUCUGGCUUACAUACGCAGCACAGGUCUGAGGAUCUUGUGAGGUCAAUUAAGCCUCGAGUGAACACGAAGCAGUCCGUCCUUUGUUGCUGAUGCCGUCACUGUGCAGCUUCUGGGUGGAAGGAGGCAGCCAGAAACUCUCUCCUCUGUCACUGGAGUAACUUUGAAGCCCCCCUGAGUCGUGCCUUUUACCAAGUUUCACCUUCAGUGUGGGUGGAAGUGAUAAUAGAUGUGUGUGUUGUCAGUCUAGCUUGUGUUUUUAGGGGAAUUUGAAGAACAUAAAGGUAUUUUUCAUCACUGUUUUUUUUGGGGGGGGUUAUUUUCGCAUUUUACUUGGACCAAGGUAAUGCUCGUAUUGUUUUUUUGAUAACACUUUAAUAUGGAGUUAUUUCAGUAAUUUGUCCGUCCUGUGCCGCAAACUAUUUCCUAAAGCUACAAUAACAACAGAAAUAGUUUCUUUGUAAAUCUCUAUGCUUAAGUUAGAUUUAAAAUUAUGUCACGUUUACUUGGUUUAGAUCAAUCAGAGACUUGUUUGUUGUCGGAGUUUCUAAUCUUACAUCUUAGAGAGUUUAAACACAGAUUGUGAAUCACUGAUACAACUCACAUGAAUCCUUUAACUUCUACUUGUCUUGUUCAUUUUUAAUUUGAGGUGUUUUGAGAAAGGUCCCUUUUGCCUUUCAUGCACAAAGUUGCUGUUUAUAUUUUCUGGCCUGUACAUAUUCACAUACCUUAUAUAAAUAUAUACAUACAUAUAUACAGUUUUAAAGUGUCACAUGAUUACUUCUAAUGUUUUCUUGCCACUGUAGGAGUGGGUUAAGUUAUUUAGAUUGUACAGUAAAAAGCUCUCGUGUUAAUUGUAAGGGCUAAAAUGUCCCAGCUACCCUGCUAGUAAAGAUUUAAAGGGUUUUUACGAUGAAAUGCUUCGUAGUCACCAUCCGAUAGCUGCAGAUUUAAAAUUUAAGAUAUUUUUACAGAGACGCUGCACUGACUCUGCUCUCCUUCGCUCUCUUCUGACAAUCUUUUUCAUCAGCGUUUUAAUGCUGAAGGAGCCCCAAUCCAGCGAGACAAGAUACCAAAUCCUGAAGUUGUGACAACACGGCUCGAUUUUAGCUGCGUGAAGUUGGCUAUUAAACCCAGCCGCGGUCCGCAAAUAUGCCCUAAAAGCGCAGAACAAUGCUGGUAGAUGGGGCGCCUCCAUGCUGCCUUAAUAACCACUUUUGUUUUUCUUUCUCUGUUGAGCAAGUUCAAGUGAAUAUACUCAUUUGUGACUGUCGGAAAACUACCUAAAACAACAGCACCAUGCUGCAUGUGAAAAUCUGACUUCAGUUACUGUUAUACAGCAAUACUUUUCAGUAGUCUGCUUCUGGUUUUGUGAUCCAGGCAGCAGAACUUUUAAAAAUGCAGCCAAAAUAAUGUGAGUGAGGAAUCAUAGUGUGGAAUUGGUUCUGUUUUGGUGUAUUUUUUUGGAGAUGAGCACAAUGUGUUCAACUCAGACUGGGAUUAGUGUGAUGGAAGCGUCAGACUCAAAAUAACAAAGACAUGAAACUUGCAUAAAUAGCUUUUGGGAGCAGGUUUAAGGAUUUUUAGGCCGUGAAAUAUCUAAAAAACCGAACACGGUUCUACAUCAGACCUGACCAGUGACUUUUUUUUGCUUGUUUUUACACACUUUUCAGCCACAGUUAACCAUUUUGCACAUCACUGUGCUGCUUUUUGUACCUUCCACUUUGCGAUUCCUUCUCAUUUACUUCCACAUUGGAUGAAACUCACCAGAAGACUCAUAAUACAGAUGUGCAAAACAGUGAAAAAUAACCCCACCAUGAGAUUUUGUAUAAUGUUGUAUAACCAUUUUGUUUGCACGGAUUUUUCAAAUAAUUUUGCCUUUGAUAAUUGUGCUUGAGUAAAAAUGCCUUCACCAGUAUAAUGGAGCUUAAACAAGAAGUUGCAUUACUAAAGUUGAUGGAAAUGUUUAGAAGUCUGUGGCUCUGUAGAAGGUUGGAAACAAUCUGUAUAUGUGAUCUGGCCUGUUAAGAGUGAUGCAAACAGGCUGUUUUAUGAAGAAAAGUUUGUCUUGAGUCUCUAUUUUUGCCAAUAUCCCCCACCUUUGCUUCCACAAUCUUCCACCUUUACCCUGAUUUUUGCUUGUUUUCUCUGAAUGUUUUCCUGCAGAUAGAUGUUCUUUAUGCGUGAGAAAGAGUUCACUGUUGUUUGCAGGGACCCCCAGGCUGUGUCUCUGUCCGAAAUAAAAGGCGCACAUAUUUGCA